AUGAGCGGCAAGCAUCGCAGGCGGAAGCGGAAGCACAAGAAGGCCAGUGAGCGCAGUGGGGAUGGCAAAGAGCAGGUUGGACAGUCGCCUGCGCGGGCUUCCGGUACGGCGUCGCCAGCUCGAGGCGCAGCGGCCGUUGUUGACGAAAUGGGCCCGCUCCAUGCGGCAGCUGUCCGCAACGACGCCGAGCUGCUGACUACGCUGCUACGGGCGGGUACUGCCGGUGAUGUUGAUGCCGUUGACUCGGUCGGCUGGUCACCGCUCAACUAUGCGGCAUGGUACGGUGCGUCGGACGCGCUGCGCAUCCUGCUAAAGGAAGGCGCCUCGCCGAGCGUGGCCGACGACGAGGGCCUCACUCCGCUGCACUGCGCCUCGCACGAGGGCCACUACGAGGCAGCCGCUGCCCUGCUUCGUGUUCCGGCAGUCGCGCGCAAUGUUGACGUGCCUUCCGUCGACGGCACCACUCCGCUACACUACGCCUGCUCCCAGGGCCAUACCGCAGUGGCUCGCCUCCUUCUUCGUGCAGGCGCCUCGCUCAAGACCCACUCGGAGAACGGCGGGACGGCGCUCUACUUUGCUGCUUUCCAGGGCCACGAUGCUCUAGUCCACAUGCUACUCGAUGAGUAUCCGCAAGCGGCGCGGGCGUCCAUCAACGUGCCAAACGCCAAGGGCGUCGUCGCCCUUCACGGCGCCGCCUUUAACGGCCACCGAGACGUCGUCGCUGCUCUCCUGGCCGCAGGCGCCGACCCCAACAUCAAGACUGCAACCGCACAUACCGCCCUCUUCUAUGCCAUCACCCAGGGCCACGAGCAAGUUGUCGCCCUCCUCGCUCCGGUCACCUCGGGCGACGACUCGCCUGUCGUCACCCAGUACCUCGCCACCCGCAACGCCGCAGAUGGCCCGGAUCCGGACGCAACCUCGCCAUCGCGCCGGCGCAAAAAGCACCGCAAGCGCUCGGCUCGCCGCAACAAGGACUCACCGUACGCGCCGCCACCCGAGCCGCCGACCGCACCGGUCCCGGCAUCAGGCCCGGCGCCAACACCCAGCCAUCGCACUCCACGCAACAAGCCGCGCCCGGCGUCGGCCGCUGGGUCAGAGCCGGCUCAACCGGCGCCCACUACUUUGUCGUCCCCGCCGCCGGCCUCGCCAGCCCUCACAUCGGCCACACACACGCCGAGUCAUCCGCCGGCCUCGGUCGUCCUUGACAUGCGCAAAGCAAGCAGCCGGCGAAACACGCCAAGCUCGGCGCGAAAGAAUCCGGAAGUUGCUCCUCCGCGGGAAGCACGCAAGGCCUCGCGCCCGCCGGCCUCGCCGGUCACCCCGCAGCGGCAGACCGGCGCGGCCUCGCCGUCGUCAGGGGUCGGCACCCCCGGCCUCGGCAUCGUGCCGGACAUGGGCGAGACGUCCAAGCGCAUGGCCUUUAUGUGCGCCUCACUCAAGAAGCGCGCUCGCGAAGAGGUCCAGCGCCGUGAGCGCAUGGAACAGGCCCGCCGCAGGCAAGAGGCUGCUCUCGCCCAGGCCGCUGCCCAGGCCAAGUCGUCCAAGACCGCCAUGCUCCGCCACCAGGCCGCCGCCUACGAGCGCGAGCUUGCCAAGGCCCGUGAGGAGGAAGAACGACUUCGGGUCGAGCGCGAGCGCGCCCGCAAAGAGCUCCUCGCAGCCGAGGCCGCCGCUGAGGCUGAGCGUGAGGCCAAGCGCCGGGCCCGCGAGAAGCAACACGCCGAGCGGCUGGCUCAGGAGCGCGCCGCCCGUGAAGCCCGCGAGGCUCAGAUUGCCGCCGACAAGGAGGCAUUUUACCAGGCGAGACUCGCCGAGCUCAAAGAGGGCAUCGAGGCCUCAGACCGCAAUGUGUUCCAGGCCCGCGAGGCCCGGCGGACCGCGGCGCUCCAGGCCAAGAACCGCGAGGCCAAGAAGAAGGAGCUCGUCGACGAGCACCGUCGCCGGCGCGAAGCUGCGCACGCCGCAAAGCUGGCCGAGUUUGAGGCCCGUGAGGCCGAACGCGAGGCCGCGUACCAGGCCCACAAGCGUAAGCAGGCCGCCGAGGCUCGCCGCGCCGCCAACGAGCUCAACACACAAAUCUCCCGAGUCCGCUCGCGGUACGACGAGCAGGAGCACCAGCGCCGGGAGGCUGCCAAGCGCCGCGACGAAGAGCGCGCCGAAGCUGCGCGCAUCAAGCGCCAGCAGCAGAUCGACGCCCGCCGCGCCAAGCUUCGCGAAGCUCACCGGAUCGAGGAGGAGCGCGCGGCUGCUGCAGCCGCAGAGCGGGCCCGCCAGGCUGAAAUCGACAGACUUUACAAGAUCUCGCUUGUCGACGCCUACGAGGAGCGGGUCGGCCGCAUCGAAGCCAUCCAGGCCAAGCGUGCCAAGCUCCUUGCCGCCUACCGCGCCGACGAAGACGCAUUCCACAAGCGCCGCCGCGAACUCAUCGAGGACAUGGAGACACGCCACGAGUUCUCGCUUGCAGACAUGGAGGCUGCCAUCGACGAGCUCGACGGCCACAUGCAGGCCCAGCUCGCCGCCCGCAAGGCCGAGUUUGACCGCCUGCAGGCCGAGGCUGCCAACGCUGCCGCCGAGCACUCGCAUGCCGCCGCCUCACGCACCGAGCGUCUUGCGCACCUCAAAUCACUGCAGGGCAAGACACUGACCAACAUUCGCGCCUCGAACAGCUCGCUCACCAAGGCCGGCUCGCCCGAUCAGGCUCAGCCGGUCCGUCCCCCGCCCUAG